AUGGACGGCUGAGGUGGGCGAUAUGGCACAAAACCUCGAUGCCUUUGAGAGACAUCGAGCGAUGUAUUGGGCAGUGGCACCACAUCUUUCGCCUCAACAAUAUGGCGAGAGCGACGUCGUCGCCGACUUGACCUGCUUCUCGCGGCUGGUCAGGCGGGACGAUGUGCAGCUCGACCCAUCCGUCCCGUCUCGACUCCGUGUCCCGUCUCCACUCGAUUGGGCUGCCGUCGGUGGCCUCAGCUUGCUGUUGCGUGUGCGGCCUUUCCGUGUCUUCCCCCCACAAACAGGUCGCAUCUCAGCUCACUCGACACCAUCGCUAUCCCAUCGACGACGACGUCGUUGACGGAGGGCUUGCUCAGGGGCGCACACCCCCGCGCUCAUCGCAAACGCCAUGGAUGGCGGCAACCUGACAGCCGCAAAGGCACAGUGGGACGAAGCUCUCCAGUCGGCCAUCCGCUCUUUUCGUCUUCUCGCAUCGCAGUCUUCAUCGUCUAGCAAGGCAUGGAAGCCUGUUGUACCACCACCAGCCGCACAGGCAGCAUCGUCUUCCUCCACGUCAGCGCAGCCGCGGACCGUCCCCUCAACGCCGGCCGGUAGCGUCGCCCAAAGGAAUGGCUCGCGGCGACCAUCGGUAGCGCCAGCUGGCAUGACUCCCAACGCCAGCCCAGUAAAGGGCAAGUCUCGCGAUGAUGGACGAUUCGCCAGCUUCCCUUCGUCGCCCAGUCAGCAGCGGGUCAGCUCUGGCCGGGCCGCAGCUGCUUCCUUCCCGUCGCGGGCCCUACCCUUUGCACCGCAAUCCGUCGAGUCCUCUGCUGUUCGCAUUCACAAACGGAGCGGCGGCAAGUCAAUCGGAUUGCCCACGGGCGUCGACGUGUACAGAGCAGUCGUCGAUGUGCCGUUUGACGGUGUGCCAGACCUCGAAGGCUUCAAGGCAUCGUUGGGGGUGCCGGAGGCUCGUACCAAGUGGGACAAGCUCGUCGAUGAGGCAGAGACCGUCGAGAUGCUCGACCCUCGAACCCGCAUCAGCCGGACCAGGUGGAAGCUCGGUUGGCCAGCGAGCCCUCGCGAUGCCAUCACCAUCUCGCGAUCCAUGUCGGACGAAAGUACCCUCGUCAAUGUCUCGACCUCGUUGCCUCGCUCCGCAGAUGCACCAGCUUAUCUCAAACCAGCGCCGCCAUGCGUUCGCUCCCACGUCCACUUGUUCGCCUGCUGCGUCCAGCUCCCAGAUGCUGAGGCAGUAGAGGAUUUGCUCGACAAUGGCCCUUCACCGGACUCGCCAGCAAUACGGCUCACCCUGUUCUGGGCUUGGGACCUUCGGGGCGCUUGGCUGGGAAUGCCAGCAGGGGGCCUCGGCAGCCACUGCACAGCGAUGGCAGUAGGCCUCGUCAAGCACGUCAGGUCAGGCGCUUCUCAUUUGCCCAGCCUCAGCCUCUACGGCUCCAACGUCGAAGUGCUUUCGACGGCAUUCGAUGUCAGCAGGGAUACACUCUCGACGUCGUACUGCGUAUUGGGCGACGACCCUACGACACCAGGGCAGAUUGGCGGCAGCAGUAAAGCGUCAGAGGAUGCGUCAGAAGAUGCUCUGCAUAUGCGCCGCAAGACGAUGGGCACUGCGAUACAAUUCGCACUGCCUGCAGAGGAGGGCUGGGACGUCAAGGUCUUGAUCCGGCCGCAGGUGCUCGAAGAAGGGAGCUCGGCAGAGUGGCGAGCAACAGCGACGCGAGAGAAAGGACCCUUGAGCUCAUCAAGCCGAAUUGUGCUCAACAUCGACCACGAUCGUCUUCCAGGCGCCGAAGAGAGUGUACGCUCGCAAGUCAACAUUCAGCGCAUCGCAGCCAGCUCAGACAUCCGUCUGCGCAUCAAUGACGAGACAGUGCCCAUCACCGACGUCGUCCCGAGCACGCAGCCGACCAUCGAGCCAGCUGGAGCACCUGGUCUUGCUCUCCUCGAUGAAGCUGCAAGCUUGUCUAACAUCUCGAUUGCAAGCACUGCAUCCCACGAGCGCUCGUCAGAUUCGCAUCAUCACAGGGCGGACUCCAUUUCGCAAUUCACCUUCUCGAAGCGCGCAACAACGCUCGCCUCCAUCAUUCGCAGGAACUACAUCUACUUCACCUCAAUGCUUCAGGAACCUGAGGCAAAGUGGAAGCAUCUCAGCGAUAGUCGCGGCGUCACUGUUACACAGCUCGACUCCAUCGACCCCACGCUUGUUGUCUAUCGGGCCGAGGCCACCUUUGUCGGCGUAGGUGUAUGGGACCUGUUCGCAUCCAUCAGUAGCCCGGGAACGAGGACCUACUGGGACAAGACGCUCGAGGAAGCCAAGCUCAUCGAGGAUGUAGAUGAUGUCAGCGCCGUCUGGCACACAAAGACGAAAGCCGCUUGGCCCGUGAGCGCCCGAGACGCUGUCAUGGUUGAGACGUCCUACAAGUCGCCCUCAUCUGUCCACACUUUUUCCUUCUCAACGGACGAGACCACACUCUUUCCGUCAAUACCCUCGACCGCACCUGGUGUCAUCCGCACACAAGUCGACUUGAGGGGGUGGAGCAUCGAAUCCCUCAGUCCAACAACGGUCCACGUCACUCUCAUCGAGCAGAGCGACCCGAAGGGCUGGACAAGCAAAAGUGCGACACCUGCCCUGAUGACGGCUUCCGUUGCCGGAGUAGGGGAGCAUGCCAUCAAGCUUGGCGCUCCGCCUGUGUUGACCCGCAUGCUAGGCGCACGCUUGUCAGACGCCAAGUACGACGUGGAGAAAGCGACGUUUCGCAUCGAGUACAGCCGGACGGACGGUGAUGAAGAAGAACAGCCGCUAUUGACCUCGGGGUCGCACAACGUCGAGUGCGAGAUGCGAUGCGAUAUUGAGACGUGGUGCGGCAAUCUCGACUUGCUCGUCGACCCGCCCCCGAUCAACGUCAGCUGUCUUCGUCGGCACAAGCUCAGCCCAGGCGGAGGUGGUCUGUGGCUUACCAUUGAGCAUCAUCCAGCAAGCCUCGAAGACGACUCUGCCAAGGUCACGGUUCGACGCGGAAGUCCAGCGGGCAAAGAGCGCGGCGUCGUCACCGUCAAUGGCGCUCGCCUUAAAGUCGACGUCGACGAGAUGAAAGAGGACGAGCUCGCGCAGCUGAAAGACAAGAAGCGUAGCAAGCCGCAGCGUGUCCCCCUCGAUCUCAAGCAGUCGUCCGCUCGUGAAGGCUCAGACAUGGCCGGCAGCUACGACUCUGGAGCAAGCAGCUCGAUCCCUUCGCGUGUCGGCACGCCGGCUUCAGCUGCAAAAGAUACCAGCUCGACCGCGGUGGCCGAGAUAACACAGCCUGCAGCGGCAACCAAUGCCAACACGCAUACGCCCUUCUCGGACAAGCAGCCCAAGCAUGCGAUGACGCCCGCCCUUGAUGUCCUCUUCCUUCUCCGCCGCAUCUACGCCGAGCGAUCCCCUGACCCCACGGUGAAUCCAGCGGGAUGGGCCAUGGUAACACAGCGCAACGGUCUCUUCAUCCGUCGCAAAAUGAUGCAGUCCAUCUCGCCCACGAUCGCGGUGCAGCGCGGCGACAAGGUCGUGCAAGGCGUCACUGCGGAGGACAUGGUUGCGGUGAUAUCGAGUCUGAGCUGCCGCAAGCAAUGGGACGAGCGCAUCGAGACGACCAAGUUCCUCGAGAGCUACGGUGAGGGAGCCACGUCUAGCUUCGUGACCACAACGGGGGCUUUCCCCUUCAGAGGUAGAGGCUUCUUCAUGUCGAGCUUGUCAGCCACUGCGACUCCUACAUCACAGGAAGACGGCUUGGACGGGCUUGGCUCUCCCUCCACUCCCUCUUUCACGGCUCAACGGGUCUACUACCACGCCUCCGCCUCUUUUCCCGAAGAGACGUCCACCUUCGACUCCGCAAAGUUGAAUCCCAAUGCCCUACCUGUCGGGCGUGUCUUGAUAGACGGGUGGAUCUUCGAGACGCUAGACCCGUACAGCUCAACCCUCAACUACCAAAUUCCGUCAACACGAUGUACUCACGUCGUCGCGGUGGACUAUGCGGGUAGCCUGCCCUUUACUGUCAACACGCUUUGGAAUGCGAACCUACCGAGGAGUAUUCUCGCUGUAGAGAGCUUCCUCAAGGCAAGAGGGGCAAUCCCGGCAGUCAGAGCUCCGCCGCCGCACUUCAAGGUGCUGGGAGACGGGAGGGACGAGGACAACGACUUUGCGUGGGUCGUUGAAGAGCCGAUACGCAAGCGUGAGACGAUCCUGCUACUGUCCAACUUCUCGCCAGCAGAUAAGCGCUUUGAGGUGCUGCUGCACGCUCCGCCACUGGGUGAGGAGCAGAAGCAGCUAGGCGGAUCGCAGCGUCAGCCAGCGGUCUCAAAUGCAGCAUCGACCAAAGCGGCUGCGGCACAGGCGCUGUCAAUACCUCGUAGCCCGAGCCUCAAUGAUACGCAGCCUCAGCAGCAGCGCCCAUCGUCUUCUCAAGGUCAUCAUAAGCUGCUCAAGGCCACCAGCUCAACCUCGCUCCGAAGCAAUCCCGGCUUUUCGGCGAGUGCAACCUCUUCCGCUAUUCGCACGCCUCGUGCAUCCCUUCGAGCGUCGGACGUGGCUGCUGCUACUCGUCCUAUCGUGCUGGCGGACAUCGAGGUUGAGCUCAAGCACUACAUGGCAGGCUACAAGAUCGAUGUCUUCUCGCAAUUCGGGCCGCGUCCGCCGGCCACGAGGCUUGCCGCUGAGCGAUCGCCGAAUGUCAGCCUUGCCGAAGGUGUGGCGCAAGAGGGCGGCGAUGAGGCCAAGACGCCAAUGAUGGAGAAGCCGGCCCCCGAGCUCAUGUCCACCGACUCUGUCAAGUCGAAGCCCGAGCCGCUCUCGCUCAGCUCAAUCGCUAAGAGCAAGAAAGACCUGCCCGUCGAAGUGACAAUCUACGAGCUGCCUCCAUCAGCCGUCUUAGCAGCGACACUGGAUCCAUCUGUCCGACCUCGGCGACACCUCGUUCGCGUUUCCCUGCCGGUCGAGACGGUAACGAAGCCACCGCAAGAUGACGAUGAUGCUGAUUCAUGUCGGACGGAUGCGAUUGAUUGGAGGCAGCAACUGCGAGAGCGCGGCGCUGCUAUACGGCUGACUCUGAGGCCAACACAGCCUGAACCUGUCUCGCGAGCCGCGUCGCCAGCUCCGAAUGGGUCUGCCACUUCACAGCCACAAGAUUUGGAGGCCGCUGCAGCCGUCGGUGCCACGGACGAGAUCGACCCGCAGCAAGUCCCCGUUCACUACGCUGGGAGAAGGCUCGAUGUGGUCCACGUGAACAAAACGUCGGCUAUGCUACAGCGCGAGCACGACCUUGAUCCUGCGGUAAGCAGGCUCAGUCGUGCGCCGCGGGGAAAAGAAGGGGAGCAAGAGGUCAUCCCAGCCAUGCUGGCGUCUCCUGCUGCGACGGCUAGUGACGCGAAGAAGUCGCGCGGAGAGAAGAAGGGGGGCGAGAGCAGUGUGACUGCUACCAGCACGAGCGCGGCAGGGUCGAGCGGCAGCGCUGAAGCUCAAAAGGGGGACAAAGGCGCAGAUUCGGCCAGCGUCGCAAGCCACCAAUCAGGCAAACGCGAUUCCGUCUCUUCUACAGCUCCUUCGACUUCUUCCGGAACGAUGGCCGCCCAGACCGCGGCAACGGCCUCGUCCGCAGCUACCUCGCUCAUGGGCCUGCUGCAGUCCUAUCCGCUCUCACGCAUCGGGGCCUCGACUGCCGUGUCGAACGUGUCAGCCAACGGAGAGGCAGGCGGAGCGUCGAAGUCUGCUACGUCGAGCUUGAGUAGCCGGACGGGUAAGGGCAAAGAGAAGGGCGAGAAUGAGGCCAAAGAUGGCAAGGGCGCGCCCGCAACGGGCACGGCAGACGGCUCCUCAUCGACGACGAACAAGCCCGAGGGAUCCCAAGAGUCCAAGUCCACCGAUCCUGCCACCGGUCCGGCAGGCUCAACCACGCCACUCUUGCUCGGAGGUCCCCUUCUUCACGAAGCGCGAUAUAGCCUCGCCACGCUGCUGAGCAUUGCGCUCAUCUGCUUCCUUGCCGGCUCGCUGCUGCGCGCCAUGCUCUCCCCUGCGGACUUUAUCUACUUUGCUCGACGCGAUGACGCCGCGGCCUCCGUCUUCUCUGGCGGCGGGGCAGGUGUGGGGAAGCAAGCGAUCAAAAAGGGCGCCAUUGAUGCUGCCUCUGCUGCCAAGGGCGAGAUCGAAAGGCUUGUGGCCGGUCAAGGGCCAGCAGCGGAAGGGCUGGGAAUGGGAGCCUCCGUGGCGUGGAGGAAGGUGCUCCGCCUCUUGGAGAUCAAGAGGGCGAUUGGCGGGAGAUUCGACUUGGUGCUCGCCGUUGUUGAUCGGAGGUGAAGCAAGUGACGUGGAUGAAUGACUGGUCCUGGAGCUGUAUCGCAAUGUCAGCUUGGUGUUUUCAUUCCCUCUUUCGCGCACCCGUUGACGGGCAAUGGGGUACUUUGACUGCUCAUCGCGUU